GUAGAGUGGUAUGCCUGUGUUUUGUCAGUUUGUUGAUCAAGCACAGCUAGGCAAAAAGUCCAGUUCUUGAAAACAAUCCUGCAGUGCACCUGCACAGUAUUUUAUGAACAGGCCUUAUUUGAUUUGACUUUAAACCAUUGUUAUGCCUGUCAUGAACAAUCUGUUUACGUUGGUGUGUAGUGUAGCCUCCUUGUUUGUGGGUGAGUCUAUUCAAGUAUGCAAGUGCAGUGGCGAGAUGGUGUCUGGUUACAGAGUGCAGCAGAAAGUCACACUGUGGCAGUUCUCUGUGACUACAGCCAGAAUGGAUGACAAGGUGGAUGACAAAGAUGAGGACAGCUGCAUUACAUACCCAAGCCUGGUGCCUCUUGGCAGUGAAAUCAAGGCCAGGAUGCAACAUUGGGUGGAGGACAGAACAGAGACUGCUAUGCCAUUGCCAUUGUGGACUGGUUUGCUGAUCGUAGCUGUACUGGCUGUGGUGGGAGUGUCUCUCAUAGGCGUUGUUGUGUUUUUAUUCUACAGAAGAUACGAACAGUACAAGGAGGAGCAGCCUCACUAUCGCUUCAGGAAAAGAGACAAAGUUAUGUUUUAUGGCAGAAAGAUCAUGAGAAAGGUGCAGACCUUGUCCUCUACCUCAACCCCUAUCUCUACCUCAGGGUCCCAGAAGCAGCGAAUCAGGAAGAGAACUAAAGUCCUGUCUAUAGCACGAAAAAUCCUGCGCAUUAGGAAGGAGCCUCCCACCCUGGUGGCUAAGGAGCCCCCUCCCUCUCUUCUGGAGGCUGACCUCACAGAGUUUGACGUGCAGAACUCCCACCUGCCCUCUGAGGUGCUCUACAUGCUCAAGAAUGUCAGGGUCCUGGGCCACUUUGAGAAGCCUCUGUUCCUGGAGCUGUGUCGUCACAUGGUGUUUGUGCAGCUCCAUGAGAUGGAGCCUCUCUUCCGUCCCGGGGACAUCGACGACAGCAUCUACGUGGUGCAAGAUGGCCGUCUGGAGCUCUGCAUACAUGAGAGUGAUGGGACAGAUGUGGUUGUGAAGGAGGUGUUGCCAGGAGACAGUGUCCACAGUCUGCUCAGUAUCCUGGAUGUCAUCACUGGUCACUCAGCCCCCUACAAGACUGUAUCUGCCAGAGCUGCAGCCCCUUCUACCAUACUGCGUCUUCCAGCUGCUGCCUUCCAGUGUGUGUUUGAGAAAUACCCAGAGACUCUGGUCCGCGUUAUCCAGAUCAUCAUGGUGCGCCUGCAGAGAGUGACCUUCCUAGCCCUUCACAACUACCUAGGUCUCACCACCGAGCUCUUCAAUGCGGAGAGCCAGGCAGUCCCCUUGGUGGCAGUGCACAGUGUGAUAGGUGAAGCCAACCCUAACAGGGGUCUACACAGACAGCACUCCCGGUCUGAAGAGGCUGGGCCUGAGAGAGGGGGUUCUCAUAGACAGGCUCAGUCUGAAGAGUCUUGCCAUGAGAAGGGGCCCAGUGACACAGAGAAUGGGGAGAGGAAGUCCUGUCUUUUACAUAGCAGCCCCACCACUAAAGGAAAGAGGUCUCGCUCUCAGUCCACUCCUGUGGCAGUGUCAAGUGUCACGUCUGCUGACCUCAACAUGACGUAUCAGCGAGCCAGAAUACGAGAAGCAGCAGCUAAAGCAGAGACACCACCAGCAAGUCCCCAGGUCCCUCACAAGUCCAUUCUGAAGAAGAGUGUGACUAUGCUGCAUACUCCCUCUGCUGUGUAUCACUACCGUGAGGCUGGAGAAAGUCAGUCAGCCCACAUCCACCACAGCAAGAUCAACACCAUCUUCCAGGCUGCCAAGAAGGACCUGCAGCGUCUCAUACAAUUACAGGACCUCAGUCUGUUGGAGGGCAGAGUGACUUUGCGUCAGGUCAAAGCUGGCUGUGUGGUGAACAGCCAGGGGGACCAGGAUGUGAGUGUGCAGUUUGUGAUCUCGGGGGCGCUCCAUGUGUACCAGAGGACGAUCGACCGUGAGGAGGACACCCUGCUGUUUCUCACCCACCCGGGGGAGAUGGUGGGUCAUCUGGCCGUGCUGACCGGUGAACCCCUCAUCUUCAGCGUCCGAGCACACAGGGACUGCACCUUCCUGUCUAUCUCUAAAGCUGCCUUCUAUGAGAUCAUGCGCGAGGAGCCCAGGGUGGUGCUGAAUGUGGCUCACACCGUGGUGAAGAGAGUAUCCUCCUUCGUCAGGCAGAUAGACUUUGCUCUGGACUGGAUGGCUCUGGAGGCCGGCCGCGCUGUCUACAGGCAGGGAGACAAGUCAGACAGCACCUUCAUCGUCCUCAGUGGCCGCCUACGUUCUGUCAUUGCAAAGGAUGAUGGGAAGAAGGCGUUGACUGGGGAGUAUGGUCGCGGUGACCUCAUUGGGGUGGUGGAGGCCCUGACCCAUAUGAACCGAGCCACUACAGUACACGCAGUCAGGGACUCUGAGCUAGCCAAGCUGCCUGAAGGGGCCCUCAGCUCCAUCAAGAGGAGGUAUCCACAGGUAGUGACCAGACUCAUCCAUCUGCUGGGUCAGAAAAUCCUGGGGAAUAUGCAGCAGGUUAACGGACCCUUGGCAGCUAGUGGCCUGUUCCUACACACCCCCAGCAGUAAGUGGGAUUCAGGGAACCCUGCCUCUAACCUGUCCACUGUGACCAUCCUGCCUGUAUCAUUGGAGGUACCUUUAACAGCCUUCACACUGGAGCUGCAACAUGCACUCAGUGCCAUUGGUCCAACCUUACUAUUGACCAGUGACAUCAUCAAACAGAGACUGGGUGCUGCCGCACUUGACAGUGUGCAUGAGUACCGUCUGUCCAGUUGGCUGGGGCAGCAGGAGGACAUCCACCGCAUCGUUCUCUACCAAUCAGACGAUACCCUAACCCCCUGGACCCAGCGCUGCAUCCGCCAGGCCGACUGCAUCAUCAUUGUGGGACUAGGAGAGGCUGAGCCCACUGUGGGCGAGUUGGAGCGGAUGCUGGAGGGCAGUGCUGUGCGGGCACAGAAGCAGCUGGUUCUGCUGCACAGGGAGGAUGGUCCCCCGCCCCAGGGCACUGUUGACUGGCUCAACAUGAGGAGCUGGAUCUCCAAACACCUGCAUCUCUCCUGUCCACACAGGGUCUUCUCCAAGAGGAGCCUGCCUAAACUGACUCUUUCCCUCUACCCCUGGUCUUGUGUUCCUGUUGUGGUCCUGUGUGGUCAUCCUCAGAGAGAGAUGUACGAGCGUGCUUUCCAGAAGCCUCCGGACCGCCACUCUGACUUCAGCCGUCUGGCCAGAGUACUGACAGGCAACACCAUCGCCCUGGUGCUAGGGGGAGGGGGUGCUAGGGGCUGUUCUCAAGUUGGCAUCCUGCGGGCGAUCAAUGAGGCAGGAAUCCCUGUGGACAUGGUGGGUGGAACCUCCAUCGGCUCCCUGAUGGGGGCGCUGUACGCUGAGGAGAAGAGCAGCAGCCGUAUGAGGGUUCGCGCUCGCGAGUGGGCCAUGAACACGGGGUCCAUCUUCAAGAAUGUGUUCGACCUGACGUACCCUGUGACCUCGAUGUUCUCUGGGGCUUCCUUCAACAACAGCAUAAGCUCUGUCUUUAAGGACAAACAGAUUGAGGACCUGUGGAUCCCUUACUUCAACGUCACAACGGAUAUCACUGCUUCAUCCAUGAGGGUUCACACUGAUGGUUCCCUGUGGAGGUAUGUGCGUGCCAGCAUGUCACUGUCUGGGUACAUGCCUCCCCUCUGUGACCCCAAAGACGGACACUUACUCAUGGACGGUGGCUACAUCAAUAACCUACCUGCUGACGUAGCUCGCUCCAUGGGGGCCAAAGUAGUGAUUGCCAUCGACGUGGGCAGCCAGGACGAGACUAACCUCACCAACUAUGGCGACUCGCUGUCUGGCUGGUGGCUGCUAUGGAAACGCUUCAAUCCCCUGUCAGAGAAAGUCCAGGUCCUGAACAUGGCUGAGAUCCAGACCAGGUUGGCCUAUGUCUGCUGCGUUCGUCAGCUGGAAUUGGUUAAAGACAGCGAGUACUGCGAGUGCAUCCGUCCGCCCAUCGAUCACUAUGGCACCUUGGAGUUUGGCAAGUUUGACGAGAUCGCUGAGGUGGGCUUCCAGCAUGGUAAGACAGUGUUUGACAUGUGGAGUCGUAGUGGAGUUGUGGAUAAGAUGAUGAAAGACAGACAUCAAGAGGAAUUUCACAAGACCAAGAGCUGCAAUGUGGUCACAUGUCCCAAUGCCUCCUUCACUGACCUGGCAGAGAUUGUCUCUCGAAUUGAGCCUGUCAAACCAGUCCUGGUGGAAGAGUUAUCAGACGAUUACCAGACGGACUAUGAUGAUUACCAGACGGACUAUGAUGAGGAGGCCAGAGAAAGUGCUCUCUCCGACUUUGACAUGUCUAAUCCCAACAGUGGAGUGGAACACACAGAGGGGGAGGAGACUGCAGACACUACUGACACAGAUGAAGAGAUUCAGAUCAGGGUCCGACAUCACCUAACCAAACGGCCACCAAACCGCUCAGACAGUGUUGAUGAUGCAUAACAUCCAUCAUAUUCAUGAUGUACUAUUGACAGUGGUCUUCAAUGCCAGUCUAGACAUUAGUAUUAUGUUAGGAUGUUUAUCAUUUUUCAGCUGUUAUGUUAAGGUUAGGUUGUAUUAUAAUCAAGGUCAUAACAUUUACAUUUCAUUCUUAAUACUUUUGGUUACAUGAAACUAUAUGAAGAGAUGUUUUACAAAGCAAUGUUUUACUCUUCUUUUAUUUGCUGCCAUGUGUGCCUUUCACAUUCAUGGUUGUAACAGAACAGCUCCUUUCUGAUUCGAUUGAUCGUGAUUUAUUGUAGCCAGUACCAAUAAUGAAUUAAUGGAGCUGGAAGCCUGACCUGGGGGCAACUAUGAUAAAGGAAAUAUUCAAUCUUAUUAGAUUGGGUUGCAAAACAAUCAUAUCAUUCUUCUAGUAUUAACAUUAUACAUGGUAUUGUUGUUUUAGAGUGAAUGUAUUACUUUAAUUAUGUAGAAUAUGUAUUGUUAUUUACAUUGUUAGAAAGGACACUGUUGAGUGCCAUAUUAUCAGGGAUUUGUGUGUGAUACCUAACGGUAUUUGUAUUUAUUUCUCCUUCCCUUUCUUUAGAUUACUUUUCCUUAGCAGAGUAGAACAUUUUACUCAGGGUUAUGGAACAUCUGUAGUACACUACUAAGAAUAAAAGGUGGAAGUGUAGCAGAAAAUAGAUCAUACUUUGAUAUGAUUUUGCAAACACUAUGGUUUUGUCCUUUAUGAUUUGAAAACUGAUGAUUUAACCCAUAAGAGUCUAAGCCCAGUCUAAGCCGGGGAGGUUGUACUAAGCUAUAUGGAAUUGUUUUAAUGAGGUCAUACCAUCAUUUAGAUAUUUGAUUUGGAAUUAUAAGACGCCUGGAAGUAUAAAAAAAAUAAUUGUGGGGCUUACUGCCAUUAGCCCAUAUAAACACAUUGAAUAACAGAUUCACUACAUGGAACAGAUAGUACCGCAAAAAAUGAAAAGGAAGUUUAUUCUGAAGUGUCUGUCCGAUAUCCGAGAGAUACAGUAUAAGAAAGAUGUAAAAAAAACAAAAAAAAAUAAA